ACAGGCUGGUAGUGUGGAGUGAGGGCUGAGGAUCGGCCGCUCGGCUCCAGCACGGCCCGGGACAUGGCAGCGAGCGGAGGGCGGGUGUAUGGGCUGCUGCGGAAAACUCUCCUACACACCAGACCGCUAGAAGGCGCCAGGCGGGGAUGUGUGUCCGGAGUGACGGCGGUGGAGGUGCCGAGUACUGCACAGGGCUUAGCCUCGAGCGCAGACAGAACGCAGUUCAUCCGAGAUCACGCCCUGCCCUUCUCCGCCUUCCUCACCGACAGCUUCGGCCGACAGCACAGUUACCUGAGGAUCUCCCUGACUGAGAAGUGUAACCUGCGAUGUCAGUACUGUAUGCCAGAAGAAGGCGUGAAGCUGACCCCGAAGAACGACCUUCUCACCGCAGCGGAGAUCAUCACUCUGGCCAGACUGUUCGUACAGGAAGGAGUGGACAAGAUCCGUCUGACCGGCGGGGAGCCCCUCAUCCGACCCGACGUGGUGGACAUCAUAGCACAACUGAGAAAACUGGAAGGGUUAAAAACCAUCGCGGUGACCACAAACGGCAUUAACCUGGGGCGGCUGUUACCCAAACUGCAGGAGGCCGGACUGGACGUCCUGAACAUCAGCCUGGACACACUGGUGCCCGCCAAGUUCGAGUUCAUUGUGCGCAGGAAAGGUUUUCAUAAAGUCAUGGAGGGCAUUGAGCGAGCAGUAGAGCUGGGCUACAAUCCUGUGAAGGUCAACUGUGUUGUAAUGAGAGGGUUAAAUGAAGAUGAGCUCCUGGACUUUGUCGCGCUCACGGAGAAGCAGCCGCUUGACGUGCGAUUCAUUGAGUACAUGCCUUUUGAUGGCAACAAGUGGAACUUCAAGAAGAUGGUGAGUUACCAGGAAAUGUUGGACACAAUUCGUCAGAAGUGGCCGGAGCUAGAGAAGGUCCCAACUGAGAUAGACAGCACCUCCAAGGCCUUCAGGGUGCCGGGCUUCCAGGGGCAGAUCGGCUUCAUCACCUCCAUGUCUGAUCACUUCUGCGGCUCCUGCAAUCGGCUGCGGAUCACGGCCGACGGGAAUCUCAAGGUUUGUCUCUUUGGGAACGCGGAGGUGUCUCUCAGAGACCGGCUGCGUAUGGGGGCGAGUGAGGAGGAGCUGAAACAAGUCAUCGGGGCGGCUGUAGGGCGUAAGAAGAAGCAACAUGCGGGAAUGUUCAACAUCUCCCAGAUGAAGAAUCGUCCAAUGAUCCUGAUCGACUCCCCUCCCUCGUUGCACCUUCCAUAUGGGAGAACUUCUCGUGGCUUUUACUAUAAUAAGGAACAAAUCCGAUCCUUUGCUGCUGUUCGUAGACUUGCCACUGGGUGGCGUUCUCUCUGGUCGUUAUGGAGCACGAGGAGCGGAUAUAAGGACUUCCUAGUGUUUGAUUUUAGGAGAACUAUAGUGAAUAAUUUGGUGCUUCCGCUGCGCGGUUUGUGCAGUGGCCCCGAUCCUUCCGCCCCCCCAUCACAGUGCCUUAAUACCCCACCGUCUUCCACUGAGACCUUAACUGAUACGCACAAUGGUUCCCCUUUAUCGGGGGCCUCCGAAUACCUGACGCACGUUGACCGAGCCGGGAAGGUUCACAUGGUCGAUGUCGGGGAGAAGUCAAGCACCGGCCGCUCCGCCAUUGCCACGGCCGUCAUCCGCCUGGGGCCGAAAGUCUUCAGCUUGGUUCAGUCCAACCAAAUCAUGAAGGGCGAUGUUCUCACCGUGGCGCAGAUCGCCGGCAUCCAGGGUGCCAAACUGACCAGUCAGCUGAUUCCUCUGUGCCAUAACAUUUCCCUGAGCCAGGUCAAGGUGUCUCUGGAGCUUGAUGCCCCCAAUUUUGCAGCCGUAGUCACGGCGGAGUGUCGCACUCACGGUAAAACCGGAGUGGAGAUGGAGGCGCUGACCGCGGCGAGCGUGGCGGCUUUAACAAUCUACGACAUGUGUAAGGCUGUCACCCACGAUAUGGUGAUCGAAGAGGUCAAGCUUGUCCGCAAAACCGGGGGGCAGCGAGGAGACUUUCAGCGCGGCGAAGGGCGAUAACUCAUUAAUUUUUUUUGCGCUUUAAGGAUUCUCAAUCAUGUAAACUGCUCCAGUCACCUCCAGAGCUGCAUUCAAAAUUCAGCCAUUUAAGGAGUAUCCAUUAAUAUUAUAGAACAAGAAAGACCUCUUUUAAGGGGUACUCUCCAGGGAACGUUGGGUGUGGGUGAUAGUUGUGAUGUCAUACCACGCCCCUCGUGACCCAUGGUGGUUCCCAAAACUAUAAAAUCCACUUUGAUCUAAGUCAAGUGUCGAGGAGGCGGAGCCGAGCAGCUCAGGUGCCACUACCGGUCUCGCCUCCUCAUUCAUCAUUACCUCUCGGACCCUUUUUGAUUAUAAGCUAAGCCCUGUAUGUCAGUCUAGGAGGGGCAGGGAGGUGAGGGUGAGUGAGGAGGCGUGCCAGGCUGUGGCACUUGAGCAGCCCAGCUCCUCCUCCAAGACACUUGGCUAAGAAAUAAAUAGAAGAUUUUAUAAGUUUGGCAGCCACCAUCAACUCCAGGAAAGGGGCAGCGAUUUCUGUAAUGCCCCCUACACGAUAGCUGAACGCCGGCCCAACCUGCCCGCCAAUUUUGGGAUCUGGCAGCGCCUUAUUCCUCUAUAUUCACAUCCGGAGCUGCGCACAAAAUGUUGUUGUCUUCUUGUUUAUACACAUAAGAUGAAAGUUUACAAACGACAAUUUUUUGCCAGAUAUUAUGUUCAGGGUCCCAACCUUCCAGUCCAUUGGAUUUCAAUAUGUCUGAUCCAUAGGUGUCUGGCAGCGUCUUUCUGUCUUCUCCCCCAUUGGUAACAUAUAAGCAUGCUUGGCUCAUAUGAGCGUGCAUAUGUAAGGGAGUUGGGAGGAAUAGCUGUCAGUUGGCCAACAGUAAGUGUAUGGAAAACCUUAGGAUCAAUCUGCACUGAGAAACACUACAUUUCCCAGAAUGCAUCACAGCAGAGACUGCUCUACAGACACUGAACCAGCAGAGCGAGAUCGACUGCUGUAAGUUCAGCCGCCUCUGGAUCAAUUGUGAAUACUGCUCUGGAUGUGACUGGAGUAUAAGAAUAGUGAAUACAGCUCUGGAGGUGACUGGAGUAUAAGAAUAGUGAAUACAGCUCUGGAGGUGACUGGAGUAUAAGAAUAGUGAAUACAGCUCUGGAGGUGACUGGAGGAUAAGAAUAGUGAAUACAGCUCUGGAUGUGACUGGAGUAUAAGAAUAGUGAAUGCAGCUCUGGAUGUGACUGGAGUGUAAGAAUAGUGAAUACAGCUCUGGAGGUGACUGGAAUAUAAGAAUAGUGAAUACAGCUCUGGAUGUGACUGGAGUAUAAGAAUAGUGAAUGCAGCUCUGGAUGUGGCUGGAGUAUAAGAACAGUGAAUACAGCUCUGGAGGUGACUGGAGUAUAAGAAUAGUGAAUACAGCUCUGGAGGUAACUGGACUUUGCAGCUUAUGGUGUGAAGUUACUGAAACGUGAGCCUCACCUUAGAGCAAUGUGGAAGGACAGAAGAAUCUUGUUACAUGACUUCCCUGUGACGUCACCGCCUUCCCGGCACGACCUCAUCUCAUCCUCACUUUCCUACUGGCAGCAGUUUUCUUAUUUUUUUAUGAUAAUGUUGCUUUUUCUAUGAUGAUCGGAUACAUUGUAACCACAUUGUUACUCUGUACAAUAAUAAAUGAUGUA